UAUAUACACUUGUUUCCCGGUUUCAGAAUGAGGAAACUGCUUCAGUUGCUGUGUUUUAGUUUUUUACAUUUUUCAGUUGGCACGUAUGUGACAGAUCACGUGAGUUUAUGCAGAAAACCACAUCAUGUGAUUUGAAACAAGUGUCAUUUGAUCGCUGUGAAUAAGUGACAGCAGUAGCACAAUGCAUCACUGGAGUGUUUUUUCCCUUUCUUUACUCUUGAUUGGCAGCUGUCUUUGUCAAUACAAGCCUACGUGGGAAUCAAUUGAUUCGAGACCUCUACCGGAAUGGUUCGAUCAAGCCAAAUUCGGCAUAUUCAUUCACUGGGGAGUGUUUUCAGUUCCCAGCUAUGGCAGUGAAUGGUUCUGGUGGUAUUGGCAGGGCCGGAAAAUCCCAUCUUAUGUUAAGUUUAUGGAGCAGAAUUAUCCAACUGGCUUCACCUACGCAGACUUUGCACCUCAGUUCCAGGCUGAAUUCUUUGAUCCUAUAGAGUGGGUUGACAUUUUUGCCUCAUCUGGAGCCAAAUAUAUUGUGCUCACAACCAAACACCAUGAAGGCUUUACACUGUGGGACUCAAAAUACUCAUGGCCCUGGAACGCAGUGGCGGUUGGGCCGAAGCGGGAUUUGGUGGAUGAUAUCGCCACUGCUUUGCGGACACACAGUGAUUUGCGUCUGGGGCUUUACCAUUCUUUGUUUGAGUGGUUUAACCCUCUGUUCAGAACCGAUGCUGACAACCACUUCAAAACCAAUGUGUUCCCUACUACAAAGAGCCUGCCUGAGCUGUACGAGAUAGUCAACAAGUUCAAACCUGAAGUGCUGUGGUCUGAUGGUGAUGGAGAUGCGCCCGACUCUUACUGGAACAGCACAGGGUUCCUCGCCUGGCUUUAUAAUGAGAGCCCUGUGCGUGACACUGUUGUGACCAAUGACCGCUGGGGAUAUGGCAGCAUAUGUAAACAUGGUGGAUAUUACACCUGCUCAGAUCGGUACAACCCAGGACACCUGCUGAAGCACAAGUGGGAGAACUGCAUGACCAUUGACCAGAAGUCAUGGGGCUACAGGAGAGACGCCAAACUCAGCGAUUACCUCAGUAUCGAAAAGCUGAUAGGAACUCUUGUGGAGACCGUGUCCUGCGGGGGGAAUCUGCUGUUGAACGUGGGCCCCACACAUGACGGCCGCAUUGUGCCCAUAUUUGAGGAGCGUCUGCGGCAGAUGGGUCAGUGGCUUAAGGUGAACGGAGAGGCCAUUUACAACAGCAGCGCAUGGAGAGUUCAGAACGACACUGCCACUCCUGGAGUUUGGUAUACAUGGAAUCAGAAGGAGAAAGCAAUCUAUGCUAUUUUUCUUUCAUGGCCCAAUGAUGGGAACGUUGUUCUGAACGACCCCAUUGUGUCAGCGUCCAAGACUCAGGUGGUGCUGAUUGGCUAUCAGUCCCUCUCGUGGGAGUCCAUGAGUCCCACAGGUCUGAAGGUUCGUCUGCCCCAGCUGGCCCCGAGUCAGAUGCCCUGCUCCUGGGCUUGGACCCUGCGACUGACUGGUGCGAUGUAGCCAGAGCGUAGCGACACAGUUAGUUCCUGCUUUAGAACUAAUGAAGCCAAAGAUUGAAGGCACUAUAUUUUCCCCCACCUUUUACGUUUAAAUAAUAAUACAACACAAAUAAUUUACAUUUUAUUCACAUCUUUCAAUUUUCAAUUCACAUCUUUCAAUUUUCAAUUCAGAUCAUUAAAUAUUUUAAUUGUUGCAUAGUGUAUCCUAGUAGGGGCGCAAAAUAGAGAGGUGUGCUCUAGCUUUGCUAAGCGAUCAGACAUUUUUGCCUGGAAGAUGUGAAAACUUGUGAAAAAAAAAAAAAACUGUUUAAAAAGUAAGCCGUAUGCAGCCACCUGACAGAACAUUCUAGCAACCGCAUAGCAACACACUUAUAUCUCUGAACAUCUUAGUAACUGCAUAGUGGAGGAUCUAAGGAUUUUCAAUAACCUGUGUGUUUUUUUUUUUAUUCAAUUUAUUUUAUAAUCAUGAAUCAUUUAUGCAGUUGUUAUUUGAUUUAUCAUUUAAUCAUUUAUUCAUCAUUUUCUAUUAUUCAAUUGUUCAAUUGUGAUUUUAUAUGACUUAUUACUUCCUUUCUAUUAUUGUUUAAUCUUAUGAUUUUGGGGUUUCAUAGAAUUUAGAAUGCUUGUCUUCACAAAUAAGAGAUAAGAGAAAUAUCGCCAUUUCAAGGCUUUAUGGGAUGUUGUUGUGAAGCAAUUGCGCUGGUCAGAUGAAGUCUGGGCAUUGAAACGCACACGACUAAGAUUAUUCAACAUGUGGGGUCGGAUCUGAUUUUUCUGAUGUGCAGAUCCAUCCGAUCUAACAAUAGCAAUCUCUGUUAAACACCUGCUUGAUCCUGGUGUCAUGAUGGUGACUUUUGCACAGGCAAAAAUAUAAUGGUUUCUAAAAUAAAUAAAUAAAUAAAGUCUUAAUUUGAAACUA